AUGGCUGUGACUCUGUUGGAAGUUUGGUGCAGAGGAAUGGACCUGGACUCUAGGAAGGCCUUGCUAUUCGUGGGGAUCCCUGUGGAGUGUAGUGAGGCAGAAAUUAAAGAGACCCUGAGGAGAGGUGAGUCCCUCUGCACCUACAGGGUGCUGGGCACAGUGUUCAGAAGGGAAGACCACACUAAUGCAGUUUUCCUUGAAUUGACUGACACCAUCAACUAUGCUACAGUGCCCAGCCAGAUCCUAAGAAAGGGAGGUACCUGGGAAGUGGUGGUGAAACCCCAUAGCCCAGAUGAGGAAUUUAUCAACAAACUGAAGGACUUCCUAAAAGAUGAGGGCUGAAGAAUGGUAGAUGUUGCCAAAACCCUGCAGUACAGCACUCACUCUGAGGGCGCAGAUCCAGAGGGUGUAUCUCAAGUCAGGCAACCAGUCUUGCAGCUUCUGAAAGAAAGCCUGUGGUACUGGAAACUCAAGACAUUUUUGGGAAACACUCUCCCAGGCCCAGGUGAAGAGAGCUUUGAAACCUGGCUAGAGCAGAUGACUGAGAUGAUGCAGCUAUGGCAGGUGCAUGAGAUAGAGAAGAGGUGGCAUUUGCUGGAGAGCUUAUGUGGCCCUGCCCAGUCCAUCAUGCAGGUGCUGAGGGCCAGCAAUGACUUCAUGACAGUGAAGGAGUGCCUGGAGGCCCUGAAGCAGAUCUUUGAGGAUAAAGAGGACCAUAGACGUUCACAGUUUAAGUUAGUCCAGACCUUCCAGAAGUCUGGAGAGACUACCUCUGGCUUUUUGGUACGAUUAGUGCCCCUGAUUCAGAAAGCCAUGCAGCACAGCCCCUUGUCAGUGAGAAGCGCAGACACGACUUGCCUGAGACACAUCCUAGCUCGAGCCUCCCUGACCACUGCCCUCCAGGGCAAGCUCGAGCUACUGGAUCAGCGAGAGUGUGCACUCAGUUUCCUGCAGUUAAUGAAGCUCAUUCAAGAUGAAGAGGAGUGUGAGGCCACCAUGGCAGUGACCGAGGAGAACCAGAGUCAAGCAGAAAGUGUCUGCAGGGCAUCAGAAGACAGUGUCCUGAUCCCUCAGGUCAUGGUGCAGGCAGGGUCAUUUGCUGAGAACAGCACUCAGACCAUCCAGGAAGGAAUCGUUCUGUUUCUGAAGUGCAGGCGGCUAUCCUCCAGCUGUGACACUGGGGAGGAAGGCCACAGCCAGGCAUUAUUUCCUAGGGCCGAGAACCAGCCUCCGGCAAAGCCCAGACCUCAGCUGGCAGCAGAAGAGUCAGGGAACGAGAGAGGGGCUAAAGCCGUUGAACCACCCCAAGGCUUAAGAAGCAUAGGCUCAACAUAUCCAGGCACACCCUCUGCUAGCAGGCAACAGAAAAAGUGUAACGGGGGAAGAGGCAGUCCACACAAACAGCAGGGGCCUUGA